AUUGAAUGAGAAUUCUUCAGUCGCGCUUGAAUCCCUGUUGUGUUCUUCCGGCCGGAGUCCGCCAUUGUUCUCUAGUCUAGUGUGAAAUGGCUGUCCAAGAGACCAGACCAAACAACACAAUCUACAUCAACAAUCUGAAUGAAAAGAUAAAGAAAGAUGAGCUGAAGAAAUCUCUGUACGCAAUCUUCUCCCAGUUUGGCCAGAUCCUUGACAUCCUGGUGUCACGCAAUCUGAAGAUGAGAGGACAGGCCUUUGUGAUCUUUAAAGAAAUAAGCAGUGCAACAAACGCCCUGAGGUCCAUGCAAGGAUUCCCUUUUUAUGAUAAGCCAAUGAGAAUACAAUAUUCAAAGUCUGACUCGGACAUCAUUGCUAAAAUCAAAGGCACUUUCGUGGAGAGAAAGAGGCAGGAGAAGAGAAAAGGAAAGGUCCCGGAGGUUGCAAUUGUUAAGAAAGUCAUUCCAGGGGCCCCUGUUCAAGGCAUGCCAGGGCAGAUGCCAGGUAUGGCAAACAUGCCCGGUAUGAACCAGGCUCCUCGUAUGAUGCAUAUGCCUGGACAGACACCGUACAUGCACCAUCCUGGAAUGAUGCCACCACCAGGAAUUGGUCCUGGACAGAUCCCGCCUGGUGGCAUGCCCCAUGGUCAGAUGAUGCCAGGACAGAUGGCACCAAUGCAGCCGAUCUCAGAAAACCCACCAAACCACAUUCUCUUCCUAACCAACCUUCCAGAAGAGACUAAUGAGUUGAUGCUGUCUAUGCUCUUCAAUCAGUUCCCUGGCUUCAAGGAAGUCCGUUUAGUUCCCGGGCGGCACGAUAUCGCAUUUGUGGAGUUUGACAAUGAAGUCCAGGCCGGAGCUGCUCGAGAAUCUCUACAAGGAUUCAAGAUCACACAGAGCAAUUCAAUGAAGAUUUCAUUUGCCAAGAAGUAGUAUGAUGGGGGACAGGAAGAUCUCAAGCUUUAGAUUGUUCUGGGUUCCGGUGAAAAUGAUUGGCUCGCUGUACGAACAGUUGAAGCCGAGUAUUCAGACACUUUUUUUAUUUUUAUGUCUAUGACCUCCCAGCGUACUGUUGGUGAGUAUAGAUUUAUUUUAUAUUUUAUGGACUUUUUGAAAGCAUUGCACCCAGAGUCUGCCCGUCAGACAUUUUACCUGGAGCUUGUGAAUAAAAUGUUUUCUACU